GAGAGCUCCCUCCUUCUUCGCCCUUCACUUCCGCCCGCUUCAGCCUACGCCUCUCUCUCUCUCUCUCUCGCUCUCUACUAUAUAUAUAAUAUAUACAUAUAAUUAUAUUGAUAUCCAUGGCAGUCUCAACUGAAGAACAUCAAAUGGAGCAUCCACCAACUGUGGAAGAAGAACCCUCGAAUGACGAGGACGACAAAGACGAGGAAGAAGAAGAAGAAGAAGAAGAAGAGGAGGAAGAAGAAGAAGAAGAAGAAGAAGGACCAGUGGCCCAAAAAUCGAGAAAGCCCUUGGAGAGAGCGAAAAUGGAGAACCUGUUCCGACGAAUAUCGACAGAGAGAGUACCCCUUCGAGUCCACGACGUAUUGAUCAAGGGAAACACGAAGACCAAGGACUCCCUCAUCGAAGCCGAACUCGAAGGCCUCAAGAACACCACCACAGUCCAAGAGCUUCUUCAGGCCGCGAGCAUCGCUAAUGCUCGGCUGCACCGCCUUGAAAUCUUCGAUUCCGUCAACAUUACGCUCGAUUCGGGCCCCCCCGAGUUGCCUGGGACUACCAAUGUCGUUGUUGAAGUUGUCGAGACUAAAAACCCUCUCACUGGCGAUAUUGGAAUUUUCUCAAAGCCUGAGGCUAGAUCUUGGUCACUUGAAGGAUCACUCAAGCUGAAGAACUUGUUUGGAUUUGGAGACCUUUGGGAUGGUUCUUUGGCUUAUGGCUGGGACCAAACGUCAGAGGUUAGUGCUGGUGUGUCCUUGCCUAGAUUCAAGAGAUUGGCAACUCCCAUGCUGGCUCGAGUAACUCUGCUUUCCCAAGAUUGGCUAAAGUUUUCUUCUUACAAAGAGCGAGCAUUGGGCCUCUCUCUUGGCCUAUUAUCAUCCAGGAAUCAUGAUUUGGCAUACAACCUUUCUUGGCGUACCUUAACAGAUCCGUCACAAAUGGCAUCUAGGUCAAUAAGGAGGCAGCUUGGACAUGGUUUACUCUCUUCUCUAAAAUACACAUUUAAGAUUGACACGAGAAACUCACAUUUGAGACCAACUCAAGGAUAUGCUUUUGUUUCUACUUCUCAAAUCAGUGGUCUUGUACCUGAUUAUCGGAGCUUACGAUUUUUACGCCAGGAGUUUGAUAUUCGUUACGCUUUUCCCUUGGGUUUUUAUCAUGCUGCAUUGAACUUUGGGGUCUCCUGUGGUGUUAUUUUUCCAUGGGGUAAUGGGUUCUUGAACCUGCCUUCACCCAUACCUGAGAGAUUCUUUUUGGGUGGCAAUUCUUCUCCAGUUUGCACUUUGGGAGGCCCGACGACCCUGUUGGGUUUUAAGACUAGGGGACUGGGCCCUACUGAACCAAGGCGGCAAAUUAGAGGAAAGUCCAAUGAUGAAAGUUCUGACACUGAUUUGGGAAGGGAUUUUCUUGGAGGAGAUCUUGCUCUUACUGCUUUUGCAGACCUUUCUUUCGAUCUUCCAUUGAGGGUGUUCCGAGAAGCUGGUAUCCAUGGACAUUUUUUUGCUUGUGUUGGGAACCUUAGCAAAUUAACAGAGAAUGCAUACCGAGAUUUUGCUUUCCAGAAAUUCCGUGAGUCUUUCCGAAGCUCCGCAGGGUGUGGGAUCAUUGUACCCACUAAACUAUUUCGCAUGGAGGUAAACUACUGUUACAUACUGAAACAACUUGAGCAUGACCGUGGGAAGACUGGCGUGCAGUUUAGCUUCUCUUCACCAUUAUAGGAUUCAGAGUCAUUCUUGCCCUUGUUUGCUGUUCAUCAACAUUGAGUUAGCAUAGGAAGCCUGUCAGUUUGGGUAUAUUUGAAUUUUUUGGGGCCAUUUGAGAACUUGGUUUCUUCUAUGAGAAUCUCAAUUUAGAUGGCUCUAUGGUUUAUGUAAUUUAUUGUGAAGUGCAAGUACGUGCGAAUAACAUUUGAAGGUAUCAGCAUAGACAUCCAUUUUUGCAGAUUGGUUUGAAAAACUACAGAAUUGUUUUGCUUCUGAGCAAUUUCAAAGGAUCUGACUGCAGCUCCUCGUUUUUUGGUCAGUAACAAUAGCAUACUCUGAAUUUUAUUUUUUCUGAAAUAAAUUUAGCACGAUCUGUUUUUUGGUCAUUA